AUGGUUGAACAGGCUGCGGAGGGCUAUGCAAAAAUUUUGCAAAGCAUUAAUUUGGAACGAGAGAUUAAUCCAAUUUGUAUGAGUAUUGAGGAUAUGCUAGCACGACUGGACGAAUUCGAAACCCUACUUUCUAGCGUGCGUGCCGAAAAUAACAGCAUUUUGGAGAAUCACGUCAGUGGCAUACUUGCUUUUAGCGAUGGUUUUCAGAAACUACGCGAACGCAUAGAUAAAUUGGAACAGUUUGUAGAUAAGGUAAACACUAACGUCAAUGAGGUGGAAAAGUCACUCGAUGUUGCGGAGCUUGAGUUGAAUGUUACAGAUUAUAGUUUAAAGGGUUUACUUAUUAAACCACUCCUGGCCAAAGCCAAGUCAUCGAGUAUUUCUUCUGAGACACCGGAGCAGCCUCAAAGUAAUUUAAAAGAUGGAGAAUUUCAACCGGUACAAGUAUUUCAAACAAGUGCACACUUUGAUAACAACCAAAUUAGUUUUAGUGAAGAGGCACAAGAAUAUGAAGCUAGCUAGUAGUGGCUUAAAUCUAAGUUAUUAAAUGUUAAAUACAUAAAGUUUUAGUCAAUUGGACAAUGUGGUUAAAUGGAGGCCUCUAUAUGUACUAGAUAGUAUAAUCAUUAUUCAAAACACUUUAAAAGUUGCAAUAUAAAAUAUUUAAUUUGUUAUUUUAUAUAUAGUGUCAAUGUGUAACAAGUGUAAAGUUAUGCCACGGAUUAUUUAAGAACUCAGAAAAUUGUACAUGCACUAGUUGCUUUCAAGUCCACAUACAUAAGAACAUAUUUUAUAUAUUUAUCAGUGGAAAAUAUUUUAACAAUAUUAAAGGUCAAUGAAUUCAUUAUUAA